GAAGGGGGGUGGGGGGGUUAGAUGAUGGCGGAGCCGCGCCGGGUGCCGUUAAUUAGUCUGUCACCCGUGAGGCGACGAGAAGGCGAGACUCCGGUGCUCGAGCGAGAGCCUGGAGGGGGUCGCGAGGCGGAGCAGCCAUUGGUGUGUGAGGCCCUGAAACUGCCAGAACAGCCGCAGCAACAACACCACCACCUCCACCACGAUAGUGGCCGAACAGAGCCUCCACCGCAGCCCUUCGAGUCCUGCUCCCGACUGGAGUUACAGUUGGCGGUGUUACCGCGCGAGGUCAGCCGGCCUGAGCAGACGCCGAAGCCGCUGUUGCCACCUCAGCGUGAGCCUCCAAGGCCAGAGCCUCCUCCGCCGCCGCCUCCGUCGAACCAACCGUUGCAGCUCGAGAGCAACCGGCAGGAGUCGCCGCCGUCGCCCCCGCGUCAGACGGUUCGCCUGGAGUUGGUGCUGAAGGACCCCACCGAGGAGAGCUGUGUGGAGUUCAGCUAUCCCGAGUUGCUGUUGUGUGGCGAGCCCCGGAUAAAAUCUGCUUUUUCUGAAGAUCCAUUUAAUGAUGAAGAGCGUGAGAGGCAUGAAGUGGAAAUGCUGGCUAAGAAAUUUGAAACAAAAUACGGUGGAAAGACCCACAAGCAUCGGAAGGACCGUGUUCAGGAUCUAAUAGACAUAGGCUAUGGUUAUGAUGAAACUGAUCCUUUCAUUGAUAAUUCAGAGGCUUAUGAUGAAUUGGUACCCGCAUCCUUAACUACUAAAUAUGGAGGGUUUUACAUAAACACUGGGACUCUGCAGUUCCGGCAAGCAUCUGAUUCUGAAGAAGAAAACUUAACAGAAAGCAAAAAAAUUAGACCAUCUAAAGUAGUUAAACUGAAAGAUGGUGAGGACCAUGGCAUGAAGAAGCGCAAACGGAAAGAGGAAGAGGCAGAGAAGGAGAAAAAACCUCGGAAAAUGAAAGUUUCUCGGCAGUUGGGGGUAAUGGCCUUAAAUUCACACAAAUCUGAAAAGAAAAAGAAAAAGCUAUACAAGGACUCUCUUUCAGUUGCUGCAAUGCUCCGUAAGUUUCAGAAGGAGAAGGAAGCCUUUAAGAAGAAAGAAGUUAACUUGAACCCCACAGUGUCAGUGACCACCUCUACACCUAACAAAGUUCCUGCUGCUCCUGCCACUGGUGUAAAUGAUGUAUCUGACUUGAACCUUAUCAUCACAGAUCCAGUCCUUUCCAUUUUUAGCAGCACAAGUGAGCGUGAGCUCCUACAGGAAGCAGAAAUUGCCGUGGAGAUGCUGGGAGACAUUGACUUGGAUAGGUUACUAGAUGGCACUUCCAAUGGUAGCCCAGUAUCUGAGCCAUCAGGGGAGAAUGGAAAUGUCACUCAGCCCUCCCAUACCUCUGAGGUCUUGACACUGAAACAGGUGCCUGCCCUCCCAGAAGGUCUUCCAGCACACCUAGAGAAGCGCAUUGAAGACCUUAGAACUGCUGCCAAGCUCUUUGAUGAAGAAGGCAGAAAAAAAUUCUUCACACAGGACAUGAAUAAUAUAUUGCUUGAUAUUGAGUUGCAGUUACAGGAAUUGAGUCCUACCAUCCGCAGUGGAGUAUACUCUCACCUUGAGGCUUUUGUGCCGUGCAGUAAGGACACACUGAUAAAGCGCUUGAAGAAACUGCACCUCAAUGUCCAGGAUGACCGUUUGAAGGAACCAUUGCAAAAAUUGAAAUUGGCUGUCAGCUGUGUCAUGCCUGAACAACUAUACAAAUAUCAGGAAGACUGCCAUGCACACAGUCAGGCCAAGAAUGCCAAAAUGCAAGCAGAAGAUGAGCGAGACAAGAAUGCUUCUGAGGAGGAGGAGGAUGAGAAGCCAGGAAAAAGGGUUGCAGGUCCAAGAAAGAAAUUCCGCUGGGAUGAGACAGUGAGGUCAUUGCUGUGUAACCUUGUCAAGAUAAAACUGGGAUGUUAUGAGCUAGAGCCAAAUAAAAGCCAAUCUGCAGAAGAUUACCUCAAGGCCUUUAUGGAGACUGAGGUGAAGCCACUUUGGCCGAAAGGCUGGAUGCAAGCUAGGAUGCUCUUUAAAGAGAGUCGAAGUGUUCAUAAUCAUCUUACAUCUGCUCCGGCAAAGAAGAAGGUGAUUCUGGCACCUAAACCCAAAGCAAAGGAUUCUAGUCCAAAGAAGGAACAAAGAGUCUGUACCCCUUUUACUUCAGCUUGCAUUCCUGCUUCAAGUACCAGCACACCUGUCACUGCCCUGGCCAGUUCUAGCUGUAAUCCUACUCCAGAGACCAUCUGCCUAGAUGAUUCACUGGAUGAAGAUCUCUCCUUCAAUCCACCAUCAUUGGAAUCCAUUUCUGAUGUUCUGGCCGUUAUUAACAAUGGAGCCAAGAGUUCUCCUGUUGUGCCCUCUGUAGAGACACCAACUUCAAGACCUCGGCCUGGGCUGAGAGAAGAGAAGUUAGCAAGCAUAAUGAGCAAGUUACCUCUGUCAUCUUCAAAAAAGGUAGAAACUGUUCAAACACCACAUUCUUCAAGUCUUAUAGCUGGGCACACAGGACCAGGACCAAAGAAAUCCCAGGAUUUGCUUCAGACUGGUAUCUCUUCAGGCCUUAUUGCUGGGUCUUCAAUUCAGAAUCCCAAGGUUUCCUUGGAGCCCUUGCCAGCCAAGCUUCUGCAACAAGGAUUACAGAGGUCAAGCCAGAUUCAAGCUGCUUCCUCUUCCCAGGCCCAUAUUUCUUCCUCCUGUAAGAUCCAAGCCACAGCUUCCUCUGCUUCUCAGAGACCAAAGGAUACGUCUGUCCUUGUAUCGUCUUCAGAAGCCCACGGUUGUGGCUCUUCAGCAUUACAAAUAACAAAGGUUCACCAGCAGUCAGCUGCCCAACAAAAAUACGUGUCUCCUCUACAAGCAACUAUUAGUAAAUCUCACACCAAUCCUGUGGUGAAACUAAGUAGCAACCCUAAACUCUCUUGUUCUUCCCCAAUUACCAAGACAUCAGAUAAAUCAGUAGCAUACCGCCUUCCUUUGACUAACACCACGUCUGGUAGUAGUUCCCAGAUGGCUCACCCACUUGUGUCUCGGACAGCAUCCAGCACCUCUACCUCUAGUAACUAUUUAGCCAAGACCAUGGUAUCACAAGUUUCUGCCCAGGGUUUCAAGCCUCCUUUCUCCAUGGUUCCUUCCCCCAAACCUGCUGCCUCUCCUAAGCCCACAGCACCCAAGCCUUCUGUAACACCCAAACCUAUUGUGUCACCUAAACUAUCCUCAUCAAGGUCCACUUCAACACCCAAGCCUGUAUCAUCUUCCAGUUCUUCCAGUUCAAGUGCACUAGUAUCCCACAGUAGUCACUCUAGCAGCAACAAUUCCCUUCACAAACAGCCCAGUGGAGCAAAUGUCAGCAGGCAGUCUCCUACAAUUAAUUUACUGUCCUCUAACCGCACCUCAGGCCUUCAACCAGCAAAGAACCCUCAGGCUCCUUCAAAAUUGUCCAACUCUUCUGCCUCUGGAACUGUUGGCAAAAGCAACUUAAGUGGAGUUGGAAUGAAUGUACCUGUCAACAGAGGCAGCAAUCUUAAUUCAAGUGGAGCUAAUAGGACUAGUAUCUCUGGGGCAGCAGGAAGUGGAACACAGGGUGCUACUAAACAAUUGUCAACUCCACACAGACCAUCUUCUGCCUCAGGGUCUACAGUUAUACCAACCAGUGUGCAGUCAACAACAGGUGCAUCAUUACUGGCAAAUGCUUCACCUUUGACGCUCAUGACAUCACCCCUGUCUGUAACCAAUCAGAAUGUGACAUCUGCUCCAUUGGCUCCUUUUGGGAUGCUGGGUAGCCUUGUUCCUGUGACUGUGCCCUUUCAGUUCCCAUUGGAACUACUUGGCUUUGGAACAGACACAGCUGGAGUAACAACCAACUCGGGAUCUACCUCAGCGGCUUUCCACCACAGCCUAGCGCAGAAUUUACUGAAGAGUUUACCGCCUGGAGCUCAACAUGCAACAGCUCUGUCUCACACACCUCUGCCUGCUCACUUGCAGCAAGCUUAUACAGAUGGAGGCCAAAGUAAAGGGGACACUAAGUUACAGAGGAAAACCCAGUGAUGUCCUGAUGAGCAAGGGAGUUAAAGUGGUUCUGCUUUGCUGAUGGAGACUGACCAGUUGGGAAAGUGCUUACGCGGACACAGAGCUGCUGUUUCUGUCAAUGUUUACAUAUUCUGAUUCCAAGCACUGUGGUGAGGAGGAGGAGAAGAAAAAGAAAAGAAUACUUGAUCAAAGAGAGAAGGAAAAGGAGGAAAGUGUUCAUGUAAAAAUGGUUCAUAGUUUGAUAUCUCCUAAUGAAUUCCCAAAGCCUUUUAUCCUUUCUGAAUAGCUCAGAAAGGUUUGGCCAAAUAGGUUCAGUUGUCAAACCUACAGCAGCACAAACCUUCUUUCAGGCCGAUAUCUGAUAGAGGAUCUGUGAAAGGAAGCUAAAAUAGACAUCUCUAUCCAUCAUGCAAGUGAGGCCAUACAUCUGUUGUCCCCAGGGAAGCCUACAGUAUAUGCCAGUUAGGAACCGUCUGUACAGCUUUGGAUAAUGUGGCAUAUAAAGCAGAAAUUGUGAUUAUGUAGAAAAAGCAAGGAAGAAAGUAUUUUCUCCACACCAAGCUGAGGCCAUUUUGUCACUAUCUCUUUGAAGAGCCUAAAGAUUACAGACGGGGAGGAUUGUUCACCAUAGGUAAUGUCAUUGACCAGGGUAGAGUUUUUUCCCUCUCAAGAUGGGAGGAAGGGGAAAGUUGGAGGGUGUUCUGUAACUAUUCUUCAAUUUAACUUCAUAUACUCAAAUAUAAAAUGAGAACUUACUUGGCUUCAUCAGACCAGAUCUUGCUUUCAGUAUCUUCUGAAGAAAGUCUUUUCCUGCCCUUAAUCUUGCUGUAGUACUUCAGAGUUGCCUUAUUUUUCAUAAACAUCCAGAAAUCUCCAGUUCUGAUCCUUUGUGAAGAAAGUCUUGUCUCUGGUUCUUCUCCCACUUGUAAUAGCUCUAAAAAGUCUCACACUGUAUUGAUUUCCAGCUCACAAUAACUACAUGUAGCUUACUUUUGUACAGAGUCUUGCUUUUCUCAGUACUGUUCAAAGCCUUCUCCAAAGAGUAGUUGAGGUGCCUUCUGCCUUGGCUUAAAAUAUGUACCUCCAGCAUUCCUAAUACCUGCAUAGCUAGGAGGUAUAAAACCUGACCCCCUUGUUGCACAGGGACACAACUUCUAUGCUGACAUUCAGUUUUUGAUAGCAAUAUGUUAGAUAUUGGGGAAGCAAAUCUUGUAUUGCACUUCGUAAUUAUUACAGAAGGAAUAUUUGGAUCAAAAUAUAAUUUUGUUAAGAAAAAUCAAGAAGGCAUGAGACAUCGUGCUCUUCUGUAAAAAGUAUCUAUUUUCUCUCACUUAAAUCUGAUAUAUAACUAAAAUCUUAUUAAAACAUUUUGACCAGUCUAGCCUGAAAAAACUGAAAAAUCUAAGUAAUCUGAAAAUGAAGGCCAUUCUCCAAUAAAGGUAUAUGUGCAUGCAGGAGAACAUGUAUAGUUGGAGGUUUCUUGAAACUUCAACUGCAGAUUGGUUAAGCUACAGUUUAAGCAGACAAGCAGCUUGUCUGUUGAACAGUAUGAGUGGCUGCAUUAAAACUUCAGAGAAAUCUUUGACUCUUCAUAGUGUUCUACCCACAUACCUGUAUAGCUUUAUUGUAUAGUGGCCUAGAUCACACUUGCUGCUGCCUUCUACCAGACACAUUUUUUGUUUCCAGGUAUGUUCCUUCAUUUUAGAAAGCCAGAUAUGUUAUAUUUACUAAUUUAGAUUUCACACUAAUUCUAUAUGUAAAAAUAUACAUAUAUUUAAAUAAUAUAUAAUAUAAACACAGUAACUGAAUGUUGGGUUGAGCCCACUAAUAAAGAACUUUGCACAACAUCAUGGAAUGAAAAACUCAGUUAAAUAUUGAAUUUUACCAAAUACAAGGUAAACAAAAGACUUUUCUAAAAUAUUUCUUGUAGUUUGGUAGAAGAGACUACAAACUUGCCAUACUUAGUUCAGAAUAUAUUUGGCUGGUUCAUUCCCCCAAACCUUAGAGUCCCCAAACUAUUGGUAUAUUUUUUUCUCUUACUCAUUUUGCUGGCCCUUGAGAUAAAGGUAAAAAUAUCCUUGUUCACCACAGCAUAUAUUCCAUGCAUAAACAUUCAAAAUCUUACAUUCUCUGAAAGCUUGUUACUAUAGAGUUGGCUCUCCCUUGUAGCAAUUUAAAGCCUGCAUUGCGAAUUAAGUAUGUUUUUGAAUCCUUUUUUAUGUAUCUUGAAAGUGUGACUACGUUGAAAAAAUAAAAAUAAUAAACGCAGUUA